UGCGAUGCUAGAACUCUCAUUGCCGUAUUACUGGGGUACUCCUGUACAUUACAGCAGAAAUUUGUAUUUGAAAAAAAAUUUGUUCCCUGCCUUAUUGUCUUCAUAAAAGUAUUUGUAUUCAAUAUUUUGUAAACACUAUUUUGACAUUUUUGCCAGCGCUACAACACACAACACAUGUGUCUAAAUCGUUGCAGGCUUGAUCCUAACUGUCGAGAUCGUACACCUGGACAUUUCAAAGAAGCACCCGUAACUAUUUCUAGUCUGUCGUAUCAGUCAAUUACCUGUCGAGAUAGUCGGUCAGGUCAAAGAAAGAGCCUCUCGAAAGAUCGGAACAAAGCACAAGCUUUCGGGGCCAGGCUGUGGUAAUUGUCCUCCCGACACCCGGUGAUUUGCGAUCCUGACGGCGAGCAUUUCGAUCUGAGUGCGGCCUGACUACAAUCAAAGGGUCGGUCCGCUAGGUCUGCCCUACUCAGCCACACCUGUGUUUCAAUGAGCAUGAAGUAUUUCCAUGUAUGUCCUCGGGGCUUGAAUCUUGCCCGGUAGUUUUAUACCUUCAAGUCUUGAAAUCUUUUCUCAGUCGCACUCAUCGACUACUGAUCGCACCCAAGGGUCCCAGGGUCCAACGGAAAGCUGAAGGCAAAGGCACCGAAGUACCUAUUGAAGUCGUAGGACACACAUACAGGGGAUUCAUCCCACACAGGACCCCACAUGUCUGUACCGAUCAGAGUCAUUAGUCACUAACGGAGACCUUGCACGUGCCCAAGACAACCCGACAUCACAGGUGGAUACUGAACUCUGAAAAAUCGGAUCGAGGAAAUGCUAAAUACUAACAGCAUCUGGUCUGCUGCGGGUGGUGUGCUGGUGACAUAAGGUGCACUGCAUACCCGAAACACCAUCCACCCCGUCAUGGUCUACUAAGAUGACCAGUGCUCAGCUGGUUGCCUCUCUACUUCUAUGACUUCAAGUAUCCUGUACCACGCUUCUAGGAGUCUCGUCAAAAGACGACAUACGGACGGGUGUGGUCAAGCCGUCUAAAAAUAGAGUGUCCUCCAUGCUUGUCUUCGGACUGUUUGGCGCCGAGCGCCUGACCCUGGAGAUCAAGGCCGGCAUGACCGUGCUGGAGCUGCGGCGCCAGAUCCACAAGAUGCUGAAUAUUCCAGAAGACCACAACAAGCACGACAAGAAGGUGUUGGUCCUCUCGUGGGCCGGCGCUGACCUUAGUGACCACUGGGUGCUGUCUGACCUCAGCAUCGUGCCAGGAACCACCAUCCACAUCAACCUCAAGGAGGAGGUCAAGCCUGUCCUUUACAUACUGUGCUCCCAUUCUAAGAACACCAUCAAGGUGUAUGACAAGAUGACGGUCGGGCAGAUGACGCUAGAGGAGGUAAGGAGUCUGGCGUCACGUGAGACGGGACUUCCGGUGGGCAUCUACCGCUUGACGACGCGCGACGGGCGGGAGAUGUUUGACGGCCACACGCUGGAGGACUAUCACGUGGACCUGGGCCACACCAUCUACCUGGAAAACAUGGACGGCUGGAACAAAUUCCUUAAUUUAGCCAUCAUCGGCUUCACGCAGCAGGUACUCGACGAAAUACUUCCAGAGGAAACAAACGGACGGUACCAGAUGAAGGUAGCUCUGUUUAUCGCGGCCCACUUUGGUCACGUGGACUUGGCACGCGCCAUGCUACGUCAAGGUAUCCGCGCCUCGGAGCCAGUCGGGUAUCCCCCACAGCGCAUGUGGUGCGCGGACCGCGGCCAUGUGGAGAGCAAGAAAGCAGCGGUGCAUGAGGCUGUAGAGAUGGGACAGAUGGGUGUGUUACGGCUGUUCGUGAAUCACGACGUCACGGUCAUCACGGCGAAAGAUGGUAGUGGCCUGGCCCCGCUCAACAUCGCCCUGCGCAAGAAAAUCAAGAACUGUGCCUCGUUCCUGCUGGCCAAGCAGUGGUCAAAGAUGAUGAUCGAUGCCGACACGGCGUUCGCGCUGCACAUUCACACCUACACUCACCUGCGCCAGUGGUGCGACCGCGCCAAGGAACGUGUCUUCAUGAAGUACGGGCAAGCCAAAUCCUCGCUCAAACGCAGGCCUUUCCUCUCAGGUCCGUUGGUAGGUUUCGGGGUGAACAUCGAUGGCUUCUCGCCCAGCGUCAUGACGGGGAAGACGAGGCCCCCUCAGCCCAAGGAGAAGAAAAAGCCGGUUGUCAGACAGUGUAACAUACAAGCGGACGUUUUCAGCGACCCAGAGUCCUACUUCCGACAGGUGAUUGCUGUGCAGAACUUGAAGUCCAUGUCCGACCGAAUGGCGGGAGGCAAGUUCAACAAGGUCGUGAGGAUGGCCUCCCAGGCAAAGUUUGCUCUCGAGGACAUUGCUGCGUCUCGCAAGCAGGAGACAGGUGAAGUGGGCCUCAAACUUCAUCGAGCGGCUGCACUUGCCCCUAGAGACAACCCUGAAUUGAUGCACCUACCACCCUUAACUCAAGCACGGCGCAGUCAUCCGAUGGGCACUGCACACACUAAGCUUGCCAUGUCUACAGAUGUCAAAUAUGAAAACCAGCCACAACUCAUGUAUACCUCACAACUACCUGCACCCCCAACGGCAUCUUUUGGGCACGUAAGACCCCCACCGCUCGAAAGGGAGAGAAACAAGCUAUCCACACUGACCAGAUCGCAAAGAAAAGCUUACUUUAUGGUUCGGCGUGGAAGCAAGACCACUUUACUGCAAGGUGAAAGUGAAGGCCAGGGUCAGCUGCAAGGAGAGACUGGGAAAGUGGGGAGUAACCCAACCAAUAGAAAGAUCCUGCCCAUCCUGCCCAAGUCGAGCGAAGGGAUCCUGCACAAGAUAGCAGCAGACGUGGCAUCCACAGACACCGCCUCCAUAGCCACUGGAAUCGAAAGUCUUUCCUCCCAAACGCCAUUGGACGCAUCCCACAAUGCCACUGUGGACUCGGCAGUGCUUCCGGGCAAGAACGUUGGCGCUGACGUCAAAACACACGUGACCGCUGAAGGAGCAAUGACGUCAAAGAAGCGCCGAAAGAAGCAGCGAGGGCGGGUGACGUCCGCCGUGCUCAUGUCCAAGGCUGCGGAGACCGGGGAGGGCUCCAUCCCGCUGCCUCUCGUGUCGGACGAACACGAUCGUCGUCCAUUUUUCUACUACAACGGCAAGCGUGAGCGCACCUUCAUCGAGCCCGUGGUUACACUGUGGUCGCACUACAUGCACACCUCGGGUGGCUCUCCCCGAGAACGCGCCAUCAAGGCCUUGUCCGUUGCAGCCGCUUUCAAGGACAAGCCCUGGCUCAGUCAGAUCCGCAUCGCCCUCAAGCUGACCUCCAACCCGCUCAAGCGGAACGUCCGCUUACUGCACGGCACGAGGACAACACCUGCCAUGUAAAAGUGUAAACAGGGGCGGAGCAAGGCCCUCGGCUACAGACAACUACUGCGCCACACUUCACCCCAAUGAACUAUUUAUCAACACAAAUAUUGGAACGAUUCUACGUUUAGGCUUAACCCUAUUUUUCUAACUGAAAAUAUCAAUAAUAAACAUAACUCUAGAUAUUA